UCUCUUUCUCUCUCUCUCUCUCUCAUUCACAUCAAUUUAUAUAUACUGGCAACAUUUUAGAGAGAGAAAGCAAAAUACAAUCAAUCGUGCUUGCGCGAGACGAGGCGACGGCCAUGGCUGAGUCAAACAGUGAUUCCGUUUGCCUCGACGUAGAGACGAUUUACCUCGGUGGGAAGUCUGCCCAAAAGGUUGGUGGCUGCACAUGGUUUACUUUGUCUUUAAGAGUGAAGAAAGUGAAUAUUCUGGAGCAUAUUGUACGAACUGGUAGUGGCUCCGUAUCUGUUAUAGUUUAUGGUGACCCAGAUAAGCCAGCCCUCCUCACUUAUCCGGAUUUGGCCUUAAAUCAUAUGUCAUGUUUCCAAGGAUUGUUUUUUUGUCCGGAAGCAGCAGCAUUACUGCUUCAUAAUUUCUGUGUUUAUCACAUUAGUCCUCCAGGGCACGAGUUGGGGGCUGCUUCAAUUUGUCAUGAUGAUCCAGUGCCUUCUGUCGAUGAUUUAGUAGAUCAGAUCCUUGAGGUGGUUAAUCAUUUUAGGCUUGGUGCAGUUAUGUGUAUGGGUGUACUGGCCGGUGCUUACGUCCUUACCCUUUUCGCUAUGAAAUUUCGUGAGCGGGUUCUUGGUUUGAUCCUCGUUUCUCCUUUGUGCAAAGCACCAUCUUGGUCAGAAUGGCUCUGUAACAAGGUGAUGUCGAAUUUGUUGUAUUAUUAUGGUAUGUGUGGGUUGCUGAAGGAAUGCUUGCUUUAUCGUUAUUUUAGCAAGGAAGUCCGCGGCAACGCUGAAGUUCCAGAGUCAGAUAUCGUUCAAGCAUGCAGAAGACUGCUGGACGAGAGGCAAAGCACAAACGUGUUGCGUUUUCUUCAAGCAAUAGAUAGGAGGCCUGACAUUACUAAUGGCUUGAGGACCCUGAGAUGUCGAACCCUGAUAUUUGUGGGAGAUGGUUCCCCUUUUUAUGCAGAGGCCCUCCACAUGAUCGAUAAACUGGACAGAAGAUUCAGUGCCUUAGUUGAGGUACAAGCUUGUGGAUCAAUGGUCACGGAAGAGCAACCACAGGCAAUGCUGACGUCUUUGGAAUAUUUUCUCAUGGGCUACGGAUUAUAUCGACCCAGUCAGUUUAGCGGCAGCCCGAGAAGCCCGUUAAGCCCGACAUGUAUUGCACCAGACCUCUUGUCUCCAGAAAGCAUGGGAUUGAAGCUAAAGCCUAUCAAGACUCGUCUCUCUUCACAAAGAUGAUAUUACUUCAUUAGAUUCAUUUUUUUUUUUUCAAUUGUGUACAUUUGGAGCACCUAUAGAUUUGUUUGUUUUUUUCAAUCAUUUAUUGGUUGUUACAAUGGCUUGACUCUUGAGUAGGGUAGAGUUGUAUGUAGAUAGCAGAGGGAAUUCUUUGUUGGAUAUAGUUGGGGAGUUAGGGUUUGGAUUGUUCUUUCAUUUGUAGUUGGUCGUGAAUGUGUAACCGUUUGAUUUGUUUGUGAACUUUUAUAAGAGAAAAUUGCGAUGCUGACGAGGUAUGAAACUAUGAAUAAUGCAUGCAGAUUGUGACUCAAGUUACCGAUGUUUCUGUGUGUUUGUGUGCUCGCUCUCUCUGUAUGUGGGUGGGGU